CCUAGGGAACCUAAAUGCCUUGCACUGCGUUUGUUCUGGGGAAUCCUUUGGUUAUGCAGAAGUAGGCAAGUAUGGCAACGGAGGAUGAGACGGGUAAUUAUGAAAGCGAGGGAGGACCAGGCUUAGGAGGCAGUGAUGAGCAAAGCAAGGAAGGGCAGAAGGACAGGGAAUCGACAAAUCUGGAUGGCACCAAAGGGAACCGGAAGGAAAUGUCCUCAGGAGAAAGCUCGGGAAACGCCGGGGGAAGCAGACAGGGGGCCCAGCAAAACAAGGAGGACAGUAAUAAGGAUAGGGCGAGCCCCGGGAACUCGGAGGGAGCUAUGUCUAAGAAAGUAAGGGUCACGGACGCGAGGCGCAAGCUAGCAGAAAUAGAGAAAAGGACCGCGGAAUACAAGGCAAGGUUAAUUGAGGAAAUGAUGAUUGGGAACGAGGAAGGCCCUCUGCAGGAGGUACCGCGGAACGAACGGAAAACCAGCCAGGGCGGAACUGGGCAAGGGGACAAGGGUAGUGACCGUGGGGGAACGCCGAGCAAAAGAAGGAAAGAGAGAGAGAACUCGCCGAGAAUGGAGGCAGAGAAGGCAACGAACCCCUUAGCCACAGACAGUAGGGCUAGCCGUCUGCCGACCUCGCCAGUGGCAUCGCGAGGAUGCGAAGGGCUCUGGAGCCUCAGAGAAAGGGUGUUAGGUUGGUUCGACCCGGAAGGAACGACAAAGACUAAAGGGGGGCAGAAAGCCAGCAAGGAAAGGCCAGAUACCAGCAUGGCAAGCGAGGCCAGUAGCUCUGAAGGCGGUCUUAGGAAGAUAGUAUCAUCCCUCACACGAGCACUGAACAAGAACCAAGGCUAUCUGGCAGACACCAAGAAAAAGUUGACUAUCGAUGGAGCAAACAUCACGGAGUUCCUGAUCGACUACGAGAACCUAGCUGCGUUACUAAAGUGGACCGAGGUGGAAAAGAUGGACCAUCUAGGACAGCAUGUGUCGUUAAGCCUAGGACGGAACAUAAUGGCCAUUGUAGCCGCAAGCCGGUCUUGGAAGGAGACCCGGGAUGUGAUGAUGAGGAAGUACCUAGCGGCAGAGAAAAUGGCAACAGUGGCCGACCUAGCGGCAGUUCAGGGGAAGAACUUCGCAACGUACAAUGAUUUCCUACGGGAAUUUACUCUAGUAGCACUAAGGAUCCCCGGGGUCACGGACCGGAUAAUGAGCAAAUAUUUCCUCAGGCAGUUCUCCGAGUUCGACAAAGACAAGAUUCUGUCAGCUUACCAACAUACGAGCAAGUUCGUAAACAUGCGGGAUGUUGAUUUUAUCACGGUAACGGAUCUGGCUGAGAAAACGGUAGUAACAGAAACGUUGGCCUUGCUCAAGGAAGGAGAGAUCAUAGAUCUGACCGAACGGCGGUACUCGCAAUUGAAGAAGGAAGUCCUAGCCAUCCUGCAUUGCCUUAAGACCUUCCAGGCCUACCUAUUUGGGAGGCGGUUCAUCUUAAGGAUCGAUCCGACGAAUGUCGCAGGGGCUCUAAAGAAUUACAGGCCUAUAGAUCCGACGGUAAGGAGAUGGGUAGGAUUCAUCUGGCAGUUCGAUUACAAGAUCGAACGGAUUGCUGGAAUCCGCAACAAGGCAGAUGGGCUGAGUCGGGUUUGCAUCACUCCCGAAGGGAUAGAGGAUGCAGAGCCCAUAGAUGCAUUCCUCGAAUACGAAGGAGAGACUCUCGCGGUGGAUAACGAAAUGAUGAAUGGGGGAUGCACAUCGGGAGAACUAUUGAUCCAGACUUUGGAGAAGGGGGCACCUGCCAUAGUAGCAGAACUUAGAGAAGGACCAGUUACCACUCGAGGACGCAGAGAAGAAAAGGACUCAUGGGGAGCGAUAGUAGGACCAAAAGAGGAACUAAUGGCAAUGGCAGUCGAGGGAGGCCGGGAAGCAGUGAUGAGCUUAGUGGAAUCUUGGGAAAGGAAAGAGUUGCACUGGGUGGUAAACCAGAUGCAGGAAGGAAAGGAUGGGGGUCAGGAAGGGGAGGAGUUUUUCUAUGUCCAAUCAUACGAAGGGCUCUUUCGGGAGAUCAGACUGUUCUUGGUAGGAAACAAACAACCUACGGAAGUCAGUAUUAAAGCAAGAGAAGAAGCCGAAAGGUAUAUCCUGGAUGUGCGAGACAACCUGAGCGGGUUCGUGGAGGCAGUCGCCCUCAAGAAAAAGACAGGGAGGAGUGUGGCGGACUGGAUAAAAGACUUCUACUUGAGGCAUCCGUUCAUCAGGAGGUUUAUAGCAGACAAUGGGACGGAGUUUAUGAACCAAGAAGUAUUGGGGAUGCUUAAGAGACUCUGCGUACCGAUCAAACUCAUCAAGUUGUAUCACAUUGAGGCCAAUGCACCUGUGGAAAGGGGCCACCGAACCUUGAAGAACACGAUUGCAAAGCUCGCAGCGGACCAUCUGGGGAACUGGCCUAGGUAUCUUAAGCAAACUGUCUUUGCAGAGAAUAUGACCCCUAAAAGGACAACAGGAUGUAUCCCGACAGAGCUUUGGUACGGAAGAGAGAUCGAUUUUCCUGUGGAAGCCUCGGUACCUACCUGGAAUAGGAUAGAUGAUGAUCCGCAAAUGACCAUUGAAGAGUUAAUCAAGGCAAGAUGUCAAUAAAUCCUUAAGAAUGAGGAGGUCAUGAAAGACAUCGCCAGCCGGAUACUGA